GGUGCUGUGGCAGAACGUUUAGGAGGUGUGGGAUGCGUGUGCAGCACAUUUGUUGGAAGCACCCCAUCUCCUAUGGAUAUAGUGAGGAUAUUCAACUUUAGCAAUGAGAUUUCCAAGAGGAUUGUGCGGACUUCUGUACGUGACCUCUCUUUAGCAGAGGACAUUACCAUUGUGAAAACUAACGAGCAUGAAGGUGUCCCUAAUGCAGAAAAUCAGUUGAAGGAUAUGUCUUCAGCUGUUGGCGGAGAAGACAUUUCUGUAUCAUCUGAGGAGGCAAUAUUGGAUUCUACUCCUAGUGACACUUUUCCUGGAAGUAAGCUUUGUAAGGCACCAAAACCAGGAGGCAAUGCAUCAAGUGAAGCAAUUAAAUUGUGGAGAGAAAAUGGUUUCUCUAGCUUAAUAAUUGCUGCCCCAGAGCAAGAUGCCUGGACUAUAGUUAAAGAUCUUCUGCCGCUUCUAUCAUAUUCUGCACCUUUUGCAAUCUAUCAUCAAUAUCUGCAGCCUCUUGCUACAUGCAUGCACAACCUGCAGAUUGAGAAAAUGGCAAUUGGUUUGCAAAUUUCAGAACCUUGGUUACGUGAAUAUCAGGUUCUUCCUUCAAGGACCCAUCCACACAUGCAGAUGAGUUCUUUUGGUGGGUAUGUCUUAAGUGGUACCAGGAUAUGCAGCAGCAGCAGUUAAUCCUACUUCAACUAGCACGAAAACAGGAGAGUAGUUGUUAGUUGUGUGCUUGAAUUGAAUGUAUCAUUUCAUUGUUUAUUGGAUCAAAAAUUUCUUCGCUCUCCCA